AUGGAUAAAUUUGAAAUUAAUUCUUGUAUAAAAUGGAUUGAAGAAAAUAAUUUUAAUAUUAUUGCAUUACAAGUACCCGAUGAAGAUCUUGAUAAAGUACAAGAUUUAAUAGAUAUAUUAACAUCAUCUAUUCAUAAUAGAAAUAUCGAAAUAUAUCUUGUUGGUGAUGGAUGUUCACCAUGUUGUAAUGAUUUAUUAAAUGCUCAAUAUUGUCAUGCACAAGGUUUAAUUCAUUUUGGACAUUCAUGUCUUUCAUCAUAUUUUGAUGAUAAUAAUCAACAAAAAAUUUCUAUAUUCUAUGUUUUCUAUCAACAAUCAUUACCAUUAAGCAAUUCAUUUGAUUACAUUUUAAACAAGAGAAUUUAA